AUGUGGAUAAUUUGCUUGAUUAUAUUUAUAAGAGCAAUAUUUGCAUUGACAGUUACUAAUUCUCUACUUGUUGUCCCCCCUCCUUUAAUCUAUACAAAUUCGGAAGCAAUAGUUGUUGACCCAAGUGGUACUUUUGAGUUUCUGGGACAAGAAAGUAUUCUGUUUCAGCUUACAUUUACUAAUAAAGGUAAUUUCAUAACUAGUGGGAAUAAAUUAAAGAAAUUUACAAUUAGUGAUGUAGGUAAGAUUGGUGCUGUAAUCUUUGAGAACACAGGCAAAAUGAGAAUUCAAAUGCAAAAUGAUUCAUCUGCAAAUACUUUUGAAAUGCUAUGUGUAACAUUUUUGAAUACAGGGGAAAUAAUCGUUGACAGUACUGCAAAAAGCGGCCAAGCAAAGAGCACCAUAAAAAGUACUUUACUGUGGCAAAAUCGAGGAACAAUAAUUAUUAAAAAUACAUCACCUACCAAAGCCACAUAUGAGCAAGCAUGCAAGCCUUUAUUUUUAGCCGAUUUUAUAAUCAAAAACUCUGGAGUAAUCAAGUUAUACAACCAAUACUACAAACAAAGUACUGGUAAUAUAGUUGGAAACGGUUGUAUAUACCUCGAAGACGGUACGGUGGGUGAGCUUACGUCUGCAUAUUCAACCGGAAACCAAAAGUUUGUUUUGGGUGAAGAUGCCAUACUUCGAGUUACGGGGCUGAAAACUCAAACUUAUAUUGUGUGGAAUUUUCAUUUAGGAAACCAAAUUGGUGUAAGUACAGCGAUAUCAAAAACUAACGGGAUUGUAUAUGAUGCCGAAAUUGGCCUAUUAACAUUGAAUGCAGGCUCCACCAUAAUGCACUUUCUAAUUGGUAAAGGAUAUGAUCCAGAUUUAUUUCGAAUUGAAAAAGAUGGUAAACAUAUUAGCUACCAAGGACCAGCUCCUGAAGACCCAUACCAGCAAUAUUAUUGCAGGACAUAUCCGUUUGAUGAUGACUAUGAAGGCGAAGAGACACCAAAAUCAACAACUUAUGUAACUACAUAUAAACAUCCAAACACUACAUUCACAGCACUUGUUUCGGUUUUUACCAAGACUAAAAGUGUAUGGAUAACAGAUAGUAAAUUGUUUGAGCACUACACCACUACUUUUAUCGAAGAUACUGCUACAAUUACAGGAGAAGUUAUAGUCAGCACUGAUGAUCAACACGAGUGGUAUACAUCAACAUACACCUUGCUGAACUUUGAAACCUCAAGUAGUGAAUUUAGUGAUGGUGAUACAAUCGAAUCAGAAGAUAGUAUGGAAGUGGAAUUCUCUUCCUCAGAUUUAAAUGAGGCAGCUAUACUGGGGGAUAUAUCUACCGAACUUUUGAUAAUGGAAUCAACAGAGAACUCUUCAUUAGACACUUCUAGUUAUGAAUUCAGUUAUGAUCAAUCUUCAGAAUAUCAAAACAAACAAACGUUAGAAUCAAGCUACAGUGAAGGUGAUCAGGAAGAAAACGUAGAAACUAUUAGUCAAACUAGCUAUGAGAAGGUUUUCAUUGAAUCUACAGAUGGUAACAAUGAAGCAUCAAUUUCUGAUUAUAAUGAGUUUGAUAAAUCACUACUGAAGAGUAGUGAUUUGUGGUCAGAGUCAUCAGAAGGUACCAAGGCAUGGUCAUUCGAUGAAAGUAAUCAUGUAAGAAGCACAGAAGUCGAUCAAGAAAACUUUAAAUCCUCAUUAGAAGAAUCUUUACAACCUGUUGACUAUCAAUUUACAUCAAACACAAUACUACUUGUUUCUGAAGAAAUGGUAUACAGCUAUAUUAGCAAUGAUGAUUUGUUUGCAGAAACCGCUAGUUUAUCACACGAAAGUAGCAAACAGACUGAUUAUCAGGGUUUGGAAUAUUCGCACAAUCUGAUAACUUCAGAAGGAUCCGAAAACGAAUAUAUAAGCAAAGAAACCUCUGAUAUUUUUGUCUCAGAUCAGUCAACUACUGAUAAUGAAGAUGAAAUGCUCCAAGAGGAUACAACAGAAGAUGUUAGAAGCAGCUCCAAAUCGUACUUUGAUAUUUCUGAAACAGUAAGUAUUGGUGAUAGCUCUGAUAUUUACGCUGCCCCUACCGAAGUAGAUAUAAAUGGCUACACAUCAGAAGAAUUUAUUGGUCAAAGUUCGGCAGAGUGGUUCCCAAGAAUAACUUUGGAAACUAGUUACGAAAAUGAAAUUACUGGCAGUACUGAUAGUCAAGAAGUUGCAAUAGGUUCAUUGGAAAGCAAUGUUCUUAGUUCAAUAAGUGAGGAUACUUUAGCAGAAUCUUUUACUUUUGAUCAAAGUUUAUCUAGUAAAGAAAGAGAGGAUGGAAUUCCCAAUCAAACAUCUGCUGAGACCUUAGAAAUAACCUUACAAGCUAGCCUGGACUUUGGAGUUUCAUUUGAAUUAACUGAAGAUUCAACAACUGAUCAAAGUGAGUCUGAACUAGAAACCGAGUCACUAGAAGUAAUUGUAAAUGACUCGGUUACAGAGAAACCCACGGAAUAUGAUUUUUUAACUACUACCAAUAGCGAAGUUGAUACAUUAAGUUCAUUGGAAAUACUAGAAUCAUCUAUGCCAUUAUCUUCUGAUUUGAUGUUUUCGUUGAGAUCUGAGGAUAGUUUAAAACUUUCCAUAUUAGAUGAGUUUAUUACUGUGGAAACAACUGACAAAGAUUCAAAAUCAGAAGAUACAGAGAGGCUUGUGUAUUUAGUAAGCAGUGAAAGUUCACUAGAAAUAUCCGAUGAAGGAACACUAGAUGAAUAUCCGACAACUGAAGGUAUUCUUUUUGUAACUGAUGCCACUAGAGAGGAUAGUUAUUCUCCUAAAUCUCAUUCUAUAUCCUAUAUUGAAUUAUCAGAAGUAUAUGACACUGAAAAUUGGGAAACAUCCUCGUUUGUGAUUGUAUCCAGCCAGCUGGAGCAAGAUUUUAGUCAAGGGUAUUCUGAUGCAAAAACACAAGAUUCAAUGAAAUUUUCUUCUAUGAGUGAACUUGUGGAAAGUGAUACAACCAGUGAUAUCGAUUAUGAAUCUGCUCUUGUUGAGGUUUUGCUGUCUGAAUUAAUACAUGAUACUAAUGCCGAAACCUAUGAAUAUGGUGUAAAAACUAUUCUGUCUGAAGAAUCAACAGAUUAUGGAGAAAGCGAGAGACUGGAGUCGAGUUUACCAAAAGAUUCAAAAACUAUUGAUAUUCCUGGUUCUAAACAAGACUCCAGCGAAAUUAUUUCGGAAACAAUAACAAAAGAUGAACAUACAGAACUGGGUAGUAAUGAUUAUGAAACACUUGUUCUAUCUAAUGGGUUCUCUAGGAAACCAGAAGAGACAGAUUUUGGAGAAGCAACUAUUUCAUUUACAUCCAAUGUAAAGUGGUAUACAGAAGAGAGUUCUGUUACUGCUGACUAUGAAAGCAAGGAACCGAGUGGAUUGACUGAAGGAGAUUACUCCUCCACUAUGGAUAAUAUCAAUGAACUGAUCCCCAAACUUAAUACACCCUCUGAAGUUCGAACUCCCUUUACUUCAGAAAUAUUAGAUUUCUUGUCAUCAUCUGAUUUUGAAUCGUUCAUUAUAAUUGAGAGUAUAGAAUCUUAUGGUAGUGACAGACUAAUUUCAGGAGAUUCCAAUGAUACAACAGGUGGUUCUGAACCGUCCACUGAUGAUGUGGAAAUGUUCGAAUCUUUGUCGGACAAUAGUGACUCUAGUGAAGAGUCGGAAGAACCAAUUCAGGAUUCUACCAGUGUGCAGGUACUGCAUGAGGAAUCAACAAACACUGAAGAUUAUAUUGAACAAUCAACAGAAUCCAACAGUAAUAGUAUUACUUUCGAUCAGAUUGUUUUGGAUACUACUGGUUUUUCUGAAUCAAGCUUUAGUUUAUUAGACGAAUCAACAGCAACAGAAUCACCUUCAGUUGAAGAUAGUUUUGUUUAUACCAACACAAAAGAAAGUCAAGGUUCUCAUAGUUUUGAAAUAACUGAAGAGAGUAUAAAUAGUGAAUACAUUCACAUAAUAGAUUCUCAAUCUUUGGAAUCAUUGGAUACUACUAGUAUGGAAGAAAUAAUCAUUGAAGAUACUAAUUUGAUUGGGUCGACUAGUCAGUCCGAUGAUCCAUUUGCAGAGACGUCAAUUUCUGAGGUGGUUAUAUAUUCAAGUGACAGAAGCUAUGAAGAGAUUCAACUAUCAUCUGACGAGACUAUCGUUAUUGAAUUGACUGAAUCUGAAUCUGAGGAAAAUAUACACGAUUCAAUAUCUUAUGAAAGCAUAGCAUUGGAGACAAGUAUUGACACUAGCAACCAUGAAUAUUUUGAAACCACCAAACAAAGUCUGGAAACUAUUGAUCAUUCACCUGAGACAACUAAUUCGGAAACUUUUACUUUAGUUGAAAAUACGAAACUUUUUGAAUCAACAGAUAUGGUCUCCCUGGAUGAGUUCACUACUCAAAAUGAGAGUAUAAGCCAAUUGUUUUCAUCAGAAACCCAUGAGAUAACAGCUACAAGUGAUGAUGUCAGCGAAGAUGUCUUGACAGAACAAACUAUAACACCAGCUUUACCAAGUACUUCAAGUAAUCAAGAAUAUCAAACAGAGAAUAUGGAAACACCCCAGGAAGGUAUGCUGUAUUUAUCUACCAUAAACAUUGACUACCAAGAAUCUCAAUCAACAGAGAAAGAAAUAUUACCUGGUGAAUCUAUUACAAGAACAGAACAUAUAUUUUUUUCAAUAGAUUCCACAGAAGAUACUGAGUUUGGUUUAUCUUCGGGUCAGGUGGUCCCAAUUGAAUUAACAUUGAGUGUUGAAACAAAAGGAAUUUUAGAAUAUACCACUGGGAAAUAUUCUACUGAAGAAACAGAACAAGAAUACUACAAACUGGAGGAAAUUCUUUCAAUUGAUGAAAUAUCCACUGAAGAUUUUAAAUCAACUGACGAUUCAGAAGGUUUAGAUUUGGAAACAAGUUCAAAUGUUGUUCCGGCAGAAUCGAUAAAUAUUGAAACAGAGAGUUUGGGGAAAUCAAUAGUUAUUUCAUCAGAGAUAUCACUAGAAUUAAUAGAAAGCGAGAUUUUGACGUUUGAAUCAACAAGUGACAUCUACAAAGAAGUCACAUCCAUAUCCGAUUCACUAGAUAUAAGAAUUUCUAGUGAUUUUAAUUUUGAAACAAUACCACAUAAUGAACCAACCAGUAUGUCUACCGAGGAAGAUUAUCAACCUAUAUCCCUGGACAUAAUUUCAGAACCAUACGCUUUUACAUCCUUGUCUGAUGCUACAAUAUUGAUAACCGAGGAGCUACCACACUCAUCCAGUAUAGGAACUGGUGAAUACAUUUCUCAUUACAGUGAGGAGAUUGAAUCUCUUGCUAUAUCUGAGGAAGUUAACACAAACGAAACGAUAGAUCGCGAACAUUUGUCAUUACCCUCUUCUGAUGAAGGUUGGGUUGAUUCAACACAAGAAUCCUAUCCUGAUAACUACACUACUGAAUCAGAAUCUUCUAACAUUGAUCCAAAAAUUCAGUCAAUAAGUAGUAAGGAUGAAUACCAAGUUGUUACCUCUGUAGUUGAUGCUGCGUCUACAGAAUUAGAUCCAGAACAAUCAGAAGAUAAGUUCCAACUCGAUUCAACAGCAGAAGGGGGUAUUGAGUUCAUAUCAGAAGAAUCCUUUGACAAAGAAUUUACAGAUGAUUCUACUAUACCAAUUGUUACACCUUUAAGUGAGAGUAUUGUUCUAUUGGAAUCAUCUAUUGUGACUGUUGCAACUGUCGAGUCUAUAAUUCCUGAAAGUUUCCCCAGCGAAUUGGAAAGUAUUGAAUAUAUACCAAAAUCAACUAUAUCUGAGGAACCAUUUCCCGAACUUUCAAGUAGUGAUACGG